AUGGAUGGAAAAGCUCUGUAUCAAACGCUCAACAAGAUCCUAGACACUCAACAAAUGUGGGAAUUAUUUUUUUUUUUCGCACAUUCGACCUUGACCGAAAAUCCUUAUUCAAUCUUGGUUGAUAUUGCUUUUAGAGAAGAGAUAGGUUUACUGCCAUAUCAGAGUACCGAAACAAAUAGCGAAAUCUAUCCGUUUCUUUUAAUUGGAACAAACCUAGGGAUACCUCUGGAGACCGUACGCGAAAUAUUUAAAUUUGCAUAUGGAAUAUUUAUGAAAAUUCGUCAAAAUCAUGUACAAAAUAGCUCGGAAAUCACAUCUAGCAUUGAAGAAACCAUAAGACUACUAAAACAAUCAACAAGAUGUUUGAUGUUGUUGAAUCCGGAUUUUCAUAGUGCCGCCAACACAAGAAAAAAAUUAAUCGCAGAUAAUUUUCUUGAUCCGAUCGAGGAGUUGAAACUUUUGGAUCUCAUUCUCACAUUUCCAAAACAUACCAAAAACUCCACGGUUUGGUAUCAUAGGAAAUGGGUUAUUUCUAAAGUUAUAUCAUUAGAUCAUUCCGGACACCUGACGCGAUGGAAGAAUGAAAUUCUCAUCGCCCGUCGCGUCGCAGAGUUGUACCCAAAGAAUUAUUACGCGUGGACUUAUAGACACUGGAUCAUCACCCAAUUGUCUAUUGGCGCCAAACAAUUUCUAGACGAAGAAUUAGAAGAUAUGAAAACAUGGAUAGAAACAAAUGUUUCCGAUCAUUCUGGAUUCCACCAUCGACAAAGAUGCUUAGUAAAGAUGAGUCAAUUAUAUAAUGAAAAUGUGAUUGACUUCUGUGGAAUUUCUCGAAGAGAUUUGUUGGGAAUGAUUGUUGAAAAAAGAAUGGAGACUGCGCGAAUAGAUGAAUCUCUUGCAUUUUUAUGGUUUGAAGAAAUCCAACUAACAAAAGGUUUAAUAUUGAGGUAUCCUGGCCACGAAACAUUAUGGUAUCAUUUGAGAUUCCUUUCUUUUACCUGGAAAUGGUUGAACGCGGCAGGAUAUAUUUAUCAUCUCAAGGAUUCCGAUAUUGAAGUUAUCAGAUCAGAUGAAGAAGAAUUGAGUGGGUUGUUAAAGGCGUGGCCUGAUGACCAAAGUGAAAUAGAAUUUGCCAGACAUUGUAUGCAAAAAAUUGAUGUAUUACAACUUGAUGAUUCUUGUGAAGUUCAUGAUAACUUGGUAAAACAGAAAAGAUAUGCCCUAAGUUACGAACUAUGGAUUUCAGAAUUGUAUUGUAUUUCAAAUGAUGAUGUUAAAACUCUAAUCUCUAAACUUGCUGAUAUCAUACCUGAAUCUAAUUACUAUGGAUCUCGAAAAUUAUAA